AAUGGUAGCCAACAUUUCGGCCACACCAAGGAGUAUGGUGGCAUGGUAUUUAUCGCAAGUCCUAUCCCAAACCAACAAGGCCGAUCAACUAUUGCAAGUCGCAGCUCUGCCCAGGGAAAGUACGUCACCUGACCUGUGAUUCGAAACACAACAUCGAAGUGGGCCCUGAACUAUCACUUGGAGCCGUUCAGAACUGGCUCUGGAAAUCAUUCAGUACGAAUAUCUGGAGAGAGCGGCACAACACAGAGAACGGUAGCAAAUAUCGAAAGCACAGGGAACAUAAAGUAAAUAAAAAUACAAAUACAAAACAAAGCCCAUGAACGAAUAUUUCCUCACAGGUGCUGGAAUAAGAUGAAUCCAACUAUUAACAAUCCACGUGAAUGGGGAUUCACCCGCUCGCGGGGUAUUUUCGGAUCCAUGGGAUCCUUCGUCUUUACCGACCAGCAGCAGCAGCAGCAGCAGCCGGGGCUGCAGGUCCCCCCCGAAGGUUCCACCGACAAGAAUGGACUCAAUGCGAUGCCCUUCCUAGGCCAAAUCCACACCAGUCCUCUGCUGUCCCGCUCAAUGGGUCCAAUAGGUCACGCUCACCCCCCACCUUCCCUCCGAUGGGGGAUUCAGAUGGAUUCAAUGCUGUGCCACAGACGGCUUCGAUGGGACCACCGCCCUUGUUGAGCUCCCUCUGGACAGGCGGCGCUUCUCCGGACAGCCGCGGAGACUACUACGACGACCCCCACGAAGAGUAUUCCGACUGCCGCUACGAGGGCGACUACUCGAUGCCCACCGAGGAGGACCAAGAGGAGGAGUCGUGCUCCUGUCAGAGCCAGACCGGUCAGCCAGAAAGAGUUCAGCUCGAUAGAGCGCACCGCGUCGGACUCGGAGUGGGAGGAGCUCUCCGACGGCCCUUCCCCCAGGGUCUCCCCGCUGGAGUCCACCAGGGCAGUCGUGCUCUCCACAAUGCAGCCGGAGCACCGUCAGCGCAUGGUGGCCUUGUACCACCUCGUCUUGGAGACCGCUGUGGUCAAGGUCGUGCUGCUGGUGCUGCAACUGCUGUGCUGCGCGGUGUUCUGGCUGGUCGAGAAGACCGUGGGCUUCAACGAAACCGUUGGCUCGAAGCAAGUUCACGCUGCGCACCAUCCAGCGCCAGUUGCUGUGGCGCAUAGCCAAUGCCCGGGGCGACGAGACGCUCGUCUUCCUUGCCGUGCUCAUGACCACGCCCUGGCUUUUCUCUUUAAGCCUCCUGGGAUUCAUCCUGUCCCUGGCGGCGCUCCUGAAGAAGACCGUCGAGCAGCUGGUGUUCCAGAUACGCCUGCACCUCGUGCUCUAGGGGCAGCCAUCGA